GUCGGAGGGCGAGGCGCUGCCCCGGAAGCGAAAGCCGGAGCGGGCCUGCCUUCGCCUCGGUGCCGGGCCGCAGCGGGCGCACGUGCGGCGCGGGAGGAGCCUUUGUGCGGCCUGCGCGUCCCCCUCGGUCGCUGCGUCGCCAUGAGCCUGCCCCUGAACCCCAAGCCCUUCCUGAACGGGCUGACGGGGAAGCCGGUGAUGGUGAAGCUGAAGUGGGGAAUGGAGUACAAGGGCUACCUCGUGUCCGUGGACGGUUACAUGAACAUGCAGCUUGCAAACACAGAAGAGUAUAUAGAUGGUGCGCUGUCUGGACACCUUGGUGAAGUUUUGAUAAGAUGCAAUAAUGUUUUGUACAUCAGAGGUGUGGAAGAAGAGGAAGAAGACGGGGAAAUGAGGGAAUAGGUGUUUGUAUAUCUGGAAAUAAACAUUUUUUUUUCUUUUUUUUAUUUUCCACAA